AUGCAAGAAGUAAGCAUUGGCUGUACCCAAGACCGGCUCCUCAACGCCAACGGGGACGACCUCAUGACCUUCUCAGAUACCCAAUGCACCAAUCUCUUCAACGGUCUCAAAGCCACUCACGGCGAAGAUAGUUUCCGCGAAAUCAUGCAGGAAAUGAGUCGCCGCCACUGUGCCGAGUGGAGGCUGCAAAGUCAGAGGAAACAAAACACACUUCCGUUUGUCUUAUGGUGA